AUGGCUGGUGAUAUUGCAGCAUUUCCCUACUCCACCACUCGCAUGACCCUCUUCUUCUUCUCUUUGCUCUUAGCUUCUCACUUCGCCAUGGCUGUCCCUCAACGCGCUUUCUCUUCUUUAAGUACUUCUACAAAAGACAAUAACACCAAGAAGAAGAACACUACUGUGGUAGCUGCAACUUCAGCUAGAUCAGAAGAAGGAAGCACACAACAAAAUCUCAAGACAACAAGUAGUGUCACGCCAAAGCAACCACUCAAAGGAAUUAGAGAACACUCUCAUCGAGCUCCACGGCCUCCAACGCAAAGGCGAAACAAGAUCUUCAAUGGCAGUGAGCAUGAAGUCCCUAGUGGUCCAAACCCCAUUUCAAACAGGUAA